AUGGGUAAGGCCGAGGGCGGGGCGCUCGUCGCGCUGGCGGAGAACCGCGGAAGCGGCCAUCUUUGCGUGGAGCUGUCGCUGUCCAGUGGCUGCCUGCUGCUCUCGCGUGGGGCCGCGCAGACGACCGACUGGCUGCCCCCGGGCUACGCGCAGGUGCUGCAGGUGGCGGUGCCAGCCGAGGGCUCCAGGGGCUCGGCGGGGUGGAGGAGCCAGCACAAGUUCCAGAUGACCUCGCGGAGCCCCCACAGGGCGAUGCAGACGCCGCCGCUGCUAGAGGUCGACGCGCUGCACACGCCCUUCCGCAUGUCCGACGGACUGCCUCUGCUCGGCCUGUCGUCGCUGUGA